CUCUCGCUGCGAUCCAGGGCUGCCUAACUCCGACUUUUGUUAAGAGCGUCCCAAGGUCUCCCCGCAGACAUUUUUGCUGUGAGCGUUAAGAGUGACGGAUCGCUAUGGGAGAUAUUCUGGCUCAUGAAUCCGAAUUGCUUGGGCUAGUGAAGGAGUAUUUAGAUUUUGCCGAAUUUGAAGACACCUUGAAAAUAUUUUCAAGAGAGUGCAAAAUAAAAGGAAAACUGUUAUCUAAAACAGCAGGUGGCACCUUAAGGGACUCCGGAUCCUUGAUCAUCCAGAAGGACCUCGUUGCUGCGUUUGACAGCGGAGACCAGAAGGUGUUCUUCGACUUGUGGGAGGAGCACGUUCCCGGCUCCAUCCGAGACCGAGACUCCUUUGCCCAGAAGCUGGAAUUCUAUCUGCACAUCCACUUUGCCAUCUACCUUCUGAAGAACUCCGUGGGGAGACCAGACAAAGAGGAGCUGGAUGAAAGGAUUUCUUAUUUCAAAACCUACCUGGAGACCAAAGGGGCCGCCUUGAGCCAGACCACAGAGUUCCUCCCUUUCUACGCCCUGCCUUUUGUCCCCAACCCUCGGGCACACCCCUCAUUUAAAGAGCUCUUCCAGGAUUCGUGGACUCCAGAAUUAAAGCUGAAGUUGGAAAAGUUUCUGGCUCUGAUUUUUAAAGCCGGGAGCACACCAAAGCUUUUUGCACUAUAUAAGGAGAAUGGUCAGCAUAACAAAGAGGUGUUGCAGCAGCUCCACCAGCAGCUGCUCGAGGCCGAGCGGAGGUCCAUGACGUACCUGAAGCGGUACAACAAGAUCCAGGCCGACUACCACAACCUCAUCGGCGUCACGGCGGAGCUGGUGGAUUCUCUGGAGGCCACCGUCAGCGGCAAGAUGAUCACGCCCGAGUACCUCCAGAGCGUCUGCGUCCGCCUCUUCAGCAACCAGAUGCGGCAGAGCCUGGCACGCAGCGUGGACUUCACCAGGCCCGGCACGGCUUCGACCAUGCUGAGAGCAUCCUUGGCGCCCGUGAAAUUGAAGGAUGUGCCGCUGUUGCCCUCCUUGGAUUAUGAGAAGCUGAAGAAGGAUCUGCUCUUCGGGAGCGACCGCUUGAAAGCCUUCUUACUGCAAGCUCUGCGCUGGCGCUUGACCACAUCCCACCCCGGAGAGCAGCGGGAGACGGUGCUGCAGGCCUACAUCAGCAACGACCUGUUGGACUGCCAGAGCCACAGCCAGAAGAGCGUGCUCCAGCUGCUGCACUCCAAGAGCGAAGUGGUGCGGCAGUACAUGGCCCGGCUGCUCAACGCCUUCGCGUCGCUGGCGGAAGGUCGCCUCUACCUCUCUCAGAACACUAAGGUGCUGCGGAUGCUGGAGGAAAGGCUGAAGGAGGAAGACAAGGACACGACCACCCGGGAGAACCUCCUUGGGGCCUUGCAGAAGUUCAGCCUCAGGCGCCCGCUGCAGACGGCGAUGAUUCGAGACGGCCUGGUCUUCUGGCUGAUCGACCUCCUGAAGGAGCCCGACUGCCUGUCCGACUACACGCUGGAGUACUCGGUGGCCUUGCUCAUGAACCUUUGCCUCCGCAGUGCAGGGAAGAACAUGUGUGCCAAGGUGGCAGGCCUCGUGCUGAAGGUUCUUUCGGAUCUGCUGGGCCACGAGAACCACGAGAUACAGCCGUACGUGAACGGCGCUCUCUACAGCAUCCUCUCGAUUCCGUCCAUCCGUGAGGAGGCAAGAGCAAUGGGAACAGAAGACAUCCUUCGCUGCUUCAUCAAGGAAGGUAAUGCUGAAAUGAUCCGCCAGAUCGAAUUUAUCAUCAAGCAGCUCAACUCAGAAGAGCUAGUGGAAGGUGUUCUUGAAUCCGAUGACGACGAAGAUGAAGAUGAUGAAGAGGACCCGGACACCAUGGAAGCCGAUCUGGACAAAGACGAACUGAUCCAGCCCCAGCCGGGAGAGCUCUCAGGCGAGAAGCUGCUGACCGCGGAGUACCUGGGGAUCAUGACCAACAGCGGGACCAUGAGGCGGAAGGGCCUGGCCGGGGUGCAGUGGAGCCGCGACGAGCCCCUGCGCCGGCCCGUCACCCCCAGCGGCCACAGGACGGGGUACCCAGUGCCGGAAGACCACCCCUUUCCUCUCCAGAUGACUGGACACCCCAGAAACGGCUACCUCCCGUGCCUGCCCAACGCCCACCUUCCCGCCUAUAAGGGGGCUGAGCCUGGCGCGUCUGAGCCUCGAGGCUCCUCUUCAGCUGCCGCCCUCGCCAAGCCAGGAGCGUGGUCGCCAGGGGGACGCCACGGGGAGCCACGCCUGCCCCCCUCGGGGCCCCACAGCCAGCAGAGGGAGGCAUCCGGGCGCGCGGCCAGCGGCGAGACCGCCAGGGAAGGCGCUGCCUUCACCUGCAGGCCGCGGACGCCCCGCACCCCGGAGGUCCUGGACCCGAGCCCACCCAAGGCCAAGGCCUCGGCUCUGGCCCCUCAGCUCUCCUCCUGUGGCCCCCAGCAAGCCUGCCGCCCCGGCUCCAGCACGUCCUCCACGAGGGGCCUGCACAGCAGCCAGUCGCACAGGAAGUGAGGGCGGCCGCUUCCCCCGCGUCCCCAUGCCACUGCCCGAGGACCGGCCAGCUUCCGGGUCUUGGCCAGCUGCAGGCGACAGACGUGAAGAGACGGUGUCGGCCAGCCGCCGUGGCCAGGGGCGAGAAGGAGGACGGCUCUCAGGCGGCCCGAGGACCCCCGCCCGGCUCCCCGCGCGGAGGCCAGUGCCUUCCCCGGCUGGGAGCUGAACCCAUUGGGGGCCCUGGGGGGCUGGGCCGGGGACCGGAGGGCCCAGCAGCAGGUGAGCUCCUGGCCUCCGGGGGACCCUGCUCUGCCUGAUAGCCCAGCCAGGAGGAAACAUCGGGCCUGAGUCAGGGAAGCUUGGCGAACCGGAGCUGCCCUUCUCAGCCCUUUCAAGAUCUGGUCAGAAAAUGGAGAAUCCCCGUGGGGGGUCGGAGCAGGGGCGCCCCGCGAGGGGCCUGCUCCCGACCUCCACGAAGACCUCAGAGGCCGGCAGCGCGGCGGGCACAGAGACUGGCCCCCGCGGGGGCGGCCUGGGCUCCCUCGGAGGGCCGCACCCGCCUAGGAGGGAGGAAGGGCCCUCCCGGCUCAGCCAGCGGGCUCAGGGGUCCCACAUGGGCCCGCCGGCAGCAGGGGCCAGCCUCUCCCGAAACAGGAGCGCCUGAAAUAAAGG